CACUUUAAAUACCUCCGGCCCUAUAUUUGCUCUCCCACUAUUCCCGCUCGCCCCCAAAUAGGAGAACGAAUAUAUUUAUUCUCUUAAUACGGUGACGUAUUCUACAUGUCGGAAUCGGAACCACGCCUCCGCCGCGGAGCUCCGCCGCCCUUGUACAAGCAGAAUUCGUGGUCCCCAGACAUCCUCCGCGACGAGGCCUGGAUGAAUCGCCGGAAAAAUCACCGACUGCGGCGUGGCCGCAGCGUUACCGACGAUGACCUCGACGAGCUCCGUGCUUGCUUCGACUUGGGGUUCAACUUCGAUUCGCCUGAUUUAGAUCCGAAACUCUCCUCUACUUUUCCUGCACUCGGAUUCUACCAUGCUGUAAACCGGAACUACAGUAAUAGCUUGUCGCGAUCUUCUUCGGCUUCGUUUUCUGAUUCUGAUUCGGCGGUUUCUGUUGGAAGUCCAAGUUCUAUUGUUGAUCCAGGUGAUGAUCCGGCUAUUGUGAAGACGCGAUUGAAGCAAUGGGCUCAGGUGGUGGCGUGUUCGGUGCGCCAAUCUUCACCAAACUUACUGUGAUUCUAGCUACCGGCACUCGGAAUAGGAAAAAGGAGCCGAAAAAAGAAAACGAAAGUUCCAAUUUUGUAUUGACUAUAAUUUUCCUACUAUUUCAUUGUUUUUCUGAAUUUAUCAUUGCAAAUUGAACUUCUGGGAUUUUUGCUGCUGGAA